CUGACGUCAGGAAGGAGUAUCCUCUCUCCGACAUGGCGGCGACCAUUGAGAACAGCAAUGCUGUACAGGCGACGAAGAAAAAGCACCUCGGGAUCCCCGAAGCGGCGUUCGUGGAGGAUGUCGACUCAUUUAUGAAGCUGCCCGGUAACGAGACGGCAGACGCGACUCUGAGGAGGCUGGAUGAGCAGUGCCAGAAAUACAAAUAUAUGGAGCUCAACAUGUCCCAGAAAAAGCUCCGGUUGAAAAACCAGAUCCCACAAAUCACGCAAACACUAGAAAUCCUACGACACAUGCAGAAGAAAAAGGACACCAGAGAGGAGAUGGAGACACACUUCCUCCUGGCUGAAGGCGUUUACUGCAAGGCCUCGGUGCCGCCCACCGACAAAGUCUGCCUAUGGUUGGGGGCCAACGUCAUGCUAGAGUACGACAUCGAUGAAGCCCAGGCUCUCCUAGAGAAGAAUCUGUCCACGGCGUCUCGCAACCUGGAGACACUCGAGGACGAUCUGGACUUUCUCCGGGACCAGUGCACCACCACCGAAGUCAACAUGGCACGAGUCUACAACUGGGACGUGAAGAGAAGGAGCAAAGAAAAGAGCCUGAAAUCAGCAGACAAGUCUUAAUACCGAAGCACCUGCAUCCUCUCUUUUUUUUUUUUUUUUUUUGCCGUCUCUUCCUAGUUAUGAAAGUCUACGUGUCGAUUCCUCGGAGCUUCGGAGCUCAGCAUUUAGAGGACACACCUGAAACCCUCCUGCAGGUCUACGCUCCAGUCUGAACUCAUCACGGUUGUGUGCAGGUGCCGGACGUGAGGCGGGAACGAGUGAUGUUCAGUGUCCCCUCUUUCGGUUGAGCUCGCACUUCUACUGCUACUGUCUUCUGUUGAAUUGUUACUUUUUAAAGUAUUUUUUCAAGUAAAACAUAACAAAAAACAAA